AUGAGGCUCUCAGGAGGCAGAGCCUCACGCCCGAUACUCCUUCUAUGCCUCGUCUUCAUAUGUCUUGCCCUCUUUGCAGGCCAGACGGUGGCACAAGAUACCAAGAACCAGCCAAAGCCGACCCCAAAUGACCCAAAAAAUACACCCGCGCCGCCGCCGCCGCCGCCAGCAAAGACCGAUGCCCCGAAGAAUACACCCGCUCCAAACCCGGCUCCUGCACCAACAGAAGCCACGCCAAAUAAGCCUGACAACACUGGCGAUGCAACGAGUCCUAAACCAGCACCACCUGCUCCUACAGACGACAAGAAGCCCUCUGAGACCGUGAACCUACCCCCGCUCGGCACGACCACUGAGAAUAAGGGAUCGACAUCGGCUUCAUCUUCACCAACCAGUUCGAUCUCUCUCCCCGACAUGACCAACAAUGGACCCUCGAUUUCCUUGCCUUCGCUCACAGGAGUAGGCCAAAUCCCUACGGCAAUUAUUCCCCCUAAGAAGGGAGCCCCGUACCUGCAACACUCCAAUCUUCCAGAAGGCACUGUUUUUAUCGGUGUAGGCGCCGGACUAGGAGCUAUCUUUCUGGCGGUCUUCGCCUGGCGCGCCCUUGUCGCGUGGUCAAUCAACCGCUCCGUCCGUCGCGCAGCCACCACCCCUCACCAAUCAGAUGCCGCGGCCACGGCUCUCCUCAAUCCAUCAAAACGCAAAUCAAAGGCCUACCGUCAAUCUGUAGGAGCCUCCAUGUCUCUAGAGAAGCUCAACAGCGGCAAUGCGGGCAACAAUCGGCACUCUGCUCUCCCCCGCGCCAGCCAACCGCCAAAUUCGAGCCUUUUCUUUUCUCCGACUGCAGGGGCAAGCAACAUGCAUGCAGCUGGGAACAGAGGCCCCGGCUACCUACCAGCAGGCUACUACGCUGCUAGUGGGGCAUCUCCUGGAGCAGGCCCGGGCCUUCAGCACAGCACAUCCUCAAUCGGUCUAUCGCCCCUUGGCCCACAGGCACAGGGGUAUUCGCGAACGCGGUCAACGGGACCAACACCUCCAGACUCGCCAGCCCUAUCUCCUACCGGACGUAGGUUCGAACAGGGACACCCGUCUACAAGUAGUUUGAACCUCACCUCCGCGCCACAGGGUCGCGCACCAAGCGCGUAUCUGGAGGACCUAUUCGAAAACCAUCCUUCCGGGCCCCAGCGAUAG